AUGGCCGAAAGAUUGCAGGAAAGCGAGCAACAAUACAAAUCCCUAACGAAUUCGUUGCCCUUAAUGAUCUAUACGACUUCAAGUUGCAAUCGAAUUACGUAUGCCAAUCAGUGGUUCUAUAGUUAUCUUGGGCUUUCCCUGGACGAAAUAAAUGAUGCCGGAUGGGGGGCAUUGGUCCACCCGGAUGAUUUUGAUGUACAAUGGCAUACUGACGAUGUGGCCACUUCAAUGAUUAUACCUGAACAAAGGCUGAGAGAUUUUAGAACCGGUGAAUAUAGGUGGCAUACAGGCAUUUCAAUUGCAAUAACGGACGAUUUGGGCGCAAUCAAAUACUGGAAUAGUUUUAUGGUUGAUAUUCAUGCCCGAAAGCUCAUGGAGCAGGCGUUAAAAGACAAUGAUCACUUAAAGAAAAUACAAAGUGAGCUAGAAGAAAAAGUGCUACUCCUUAAUGAGAGUAAUCGGCAGCUGGAGCAGUUUGCAUAUGUAACUUCUCAUGACCUGCAGGAACCAUUACGAAAAAUAACGUUCUACAGUGACUUUCUAAGUACCCGUUUUAAAGAUAGAAUUCCUGAUGAAGCCCAACUAUUUUUCAAUAACCUCAUGAGUGCGUCGGAGCGGAUGAAAAUUUUGGUUCAGGAUAUUCUGGCCUAUUCCACCGUUCGCAGCACUAGUUUUGAAACUAUCGACCUCAAUAAUAUCAUCGAAGAAGUUAUUCAGGAUUGUGAAAUUCCUAUCCGGGAAAAGAACGCGCAAAUUACAAUUUCCGAAUUACCAGAAAUUGAAGGUAACCCGCGUCAGAUGAAACAGCUUUUCGAAAACUUUCUGUCUAAUGGACUAAAAUUUCAUAAACAUGGAGAACCACCGGAAUUAUCUGUUUCAGCUGAAGUAACUGCAGAUUUUGUUACCAUCACUUUUGCCGAUCAUGGCAUAGGUUUUGAAAAUCAAUAUUUGUCCAAAAUGUUUGACCUCUUCCAAAGACUGAAUCCAAGGGACAAAUACGAAGGCACCGGAAUAGGUCUCGCUAUCUGUAAAAAAAUUGCUGAAUUACAUCACGGAAAUAUAUCUGCCGUUGGUGCCGCGGGUGUAGGCGCUACAUUUAUCGUUAAACUGCCGUUGAAACAAUCCCAAUAA